UUUUUCUAGUAGAUCGAACGAUCCCGUAGAGAUUUCUUCGUUGGUUUGAAGAAAUCCCAUUUUCUUUUUAUAGUUUCAAUUUAGUGUUUGUAAACAGGAGAUUCAAGUUGCUUUAAUAGAGCAAUGACCUCGUAUAUACCAAGCAGACUCCGUUAUCAAAACGGCACAGCAGCGGAAAGACAGCGGAAUGAAGUUUUGAAGAGGAAGAAUUAACAGAACGAUUCUAACCCAAAAGAUUCAACAGCUUUUGAAUGAUAACACCAUGGAAAAUAAUUCCAACCUUACCUUGAGCAUUAAUAAGAUGCCAAUGAGAAUCUUAUCUCCCAUCGAGCGUUGUCUUGAAUAUGAACAGACAGAUGAUUUCUGGCCCCAGUUUGUUCAUUUAGUGACCAGGAUCAAUUUUCACAUCAGCCAAGGAACAUAUCGGGAAAUCAUCCAUAAAGGCAACAGACAAGGAAACACCAUCGUUCGAGAGAUGCUGGCCUAUUUGGUUCCAAAGGGAUUUACCAUUCGUGAUCUUUUAUUUGUUUUAAAUGAACUCAGACUGGAGCCGCAUGUUAAAGCAAUCAGAGAUUUUGCUAAUAUUCCCCCUGAACCUGUCAGAAUUAUCGAUCAGCCAAAGGACCCUGGACAGUUAAAAGAAGGCGACACGCUUCAACUAAGCAUCAAAGCAAGAGGUUUCCCCUAUCCUCGUUAUCAGUGGUUCAGAAAUGAUGAUGCUAUUGAAGGUGCUAAUCAAGCAGAACUAAUUAUACCAAACAUAAGUACCGAACAAGAAGGGAAUUAUUCAUGUCGAGUACAUAAUAGUCGAAGAAAUGUGCUAUUGUCCACUUUGAUCCCAAUUUCAGUCUUUGCUUUCAAAAUCACCCAGUUUUCUCCUUCUCAACUGCUACAAGAAGGAGAUGUGCUAAAUUUAUGGUGCAAUGCCACAAAUACUUGUUCACAGUUGAUUUAUAACUGGUUUAAGGAUGGUCAAUUGAUUGCUACCACACAGGAUUACAGAAAAAAGAAAACUUCCAUUCAUGACAGCGGCAUAUAUUGGUGUGAAGUUAUUAGCAACCAAGGUUCAAUCUCAAGUGAGAAAAUAACCAUAAAUGUUUCAGCAGAUACAUUGGAGAUUGUAAUACAACCCAAGUUCACAAUGGUACUCUUGAAUGGUGUUGCUUUAUUCCUGUGUGAAGCGAAAGGUCCAGCAGAAAUCCAUUAUCAAUGGUAUAAAGAUGACAUUAUACUCCCAAAUGAAAAAAAAGCAGAAUUGAAAAUCCAUGUGGCCUCAGAAUCUUUUAAAGGCAUGUAUUAUUGUGUUGUGUCAUGUCUCGCUGCGACCCGCACAUCAGAUUUUGCUUAUCUGCAAAUUACAAAAUCAGUUCCUGAUAUUUCCAGAGAGGUAUGCCAAGCCACAGACAAAAUCGCACUUCUAAUUGGUAACGAAGACUACAGAAGCGAAAGGAAAUUAAAAGCUACUUCAAAGGAUGUGAAACUACUUUCGGGCAUUUUCCAGAAACUUGGUUUCAAAGUUUUGUCCCUUUUGAACUUGACGCUAACAGAAAUGAAAAUGGCAGUUUACCGAUUUGUCGAACUUCUCAAUAACGGUGUGUACGGCGUGUUCUACUAUGCAGGGCAUGGUUUCGAAGUAAGUGGCGACCCUUACUCGUAUCUGUUACCUGUUGACGCACCCACGGGUGCAGACAUAACCGUCUGUCUGUCUGCACAGAAAAUCCACCAGUUGAUGUUGGAGAGGAACCCAUCCUUGUGUUGUCUGAUUCUUGACAUUUGUCGAACCAUUUGUCAAGAGUCUAAAUACUACAGUUCACCAUUACAGAUGAGACCUAAUACCUCAAGUCUCUACAUGUAUUCAACCUCUCGAGGACAAAGUGCUUUUGAACCUUUGAAUGGCAGAAUGGGAAAUUUUGUGUAUGUCUUAAAAGACUAUCUCUACUCCGAUGACACUGUGGAGGCAAUGUUCGGGAAAGUACGACAUGCAAUUGCCACCAACUCAAAGGUACUGCCAAAACAGCAGAACCCAGAGUUAUACAGCAAUUUAGCCAAUGUGAACAUAUCGUUAUCAGACCAAAUCAACACAACCAAUCACACGCAAGAAUACAACAUACGUUCUCACCUGUGGAUGCAGGCAAUUAGGUUGCCACGAACGAUGCAUGUCGACAUCAAAGAAUUUGGUGCCAAAUUAAAAGUUGAAUUUUCUUCUCAAUUUUCCAAUGUGAUGUCAAUAACCGUAACUGUUGUGGAUUCUGGAACCGUUCCAGAUUGCUAUGCUUGGAUAGCAAACAUACCAUCGACUUUGACAGCUGAUAAAGCUUCUGUCCUGCAAGUCGACAAGAAGAAAAUAAGGAUUGUUGUAAAAGACCUUCAAAAAUUACAGGAACCAAUGACAGCAGUAAUUAGGUUUGUAUACACAGAUGAAUCAGGCGAAAGCAAGUGUACGGUAGAAAAUUUAGCUUUGGACUUUCCAUUGGUUGCGAAUCUACAAUUAUGGAGAUUAUCCACUGAUUUGUUGCAAAUGGAUUGCAUUGAAAAAAAAGUGCCAUGAAGGACAUAGUUUGUGCAUCAGAUAUAUAUAUAUUUUGUCAAUAUCACAUUUCCUGAAAUUGUCAUUAAAAAAAAAGAAGUUUUUUGA